AUGUGUUGUGUGAGAGAAUCAGUGUUAGAACCGCCGUGGACUAUCCCGGACGUGAAUAUUAGAUACCAGACUUUUGCUCUCUGUGACGGUCAAAGGGGUUUAAUCGGCUGUGAAAAUGGAACCAAGAUUCAGAUCUUAUCAGCCAUUUACGGUCGAACAGACGAAAAUGUGUGUCCUACUGGUAAAAUAAAAACACGUACCUGUCGUUCAAAGAUGUCUGAAAUCAAGACAAAAUGGAACUGCAAUGGGUACAGGAUGUGUCACCUUCAUGCUGCUGAUCAGUAUUUUGGAGACCCCUGCCCCAAUAAUUCUAAAUAUCUUGAGGUCAAAUACCGCUGUAUCAAGGAUCCCAACAACAAUUCAAAAGGUACUCAAUAUGCUCCUUCCCAAACCAUUAGCAAAUCCAGAAAUUUUUACCAAUUUAGGGGGAGGGAGUCAACACCCACUCUAAAAAAAAUAUUAUUUAACCACGGAAAUGCGUACAAUCAGCACACUGGAGUCUUCACAGCGCCAUCUGACGGACUGUACGUGUUUACUUGGUCAAGUGUUGUGGCACCGAAAAAGCUUUUUGACUCAGAAAUCCUUGUCAAUGGACAAAGAAACGGACUCGGAAAUUGUAACAAUGUAUUAAGUCAAGGAUAUGAAAAUUGUUCAAAUACAGUUCCACUGCUUUUGAAAGUCGGAGACAAAGUCAACAUUCGUACGACAAGUGCAGACUAUCUGCAUGGAAUUUGGACAAGUUUUAAGGGAUGGAAAGUAUAG